UGAAUAUACCAGCACACAUCAGCAGGAGAGUUUCAACUUCCUCGUCUGAUUUAGCAACAACUAUAGAAAGGAAGCAAAUAGAAGAAUUACACGAGAAGGUUUGAACAUAACAGGACAAAAAGUGAGCUGAACUGUGGACUGACAGUUAGACUGCUGCAGAGCUGUAGAGGACUGUAAAGUUACUGUUGUUUUCUGCUGACCUUAAGAUAUAUUCUUGUAUGUGGGAUUGACCUCUUUUUGUGAAAACUGUUCUGUAAGCUGCAGAAAAACUCACACAGCAGGAAAAAAUAAGAUAAAAGAAGCAAAACAUCUCCCUAAAGAUUAAACUUCUCUUGUGCCAAAUGUAUGUAACUAUAAUAUUGUCUAAACCCGAAGGAGGAAACACAACCUCAUAAACAGAGCUGCAGCAAGAGGCGGAGAGACACUGGACAGAGGAGAGCGUCAACGUCACACUCCAGAAAUGAAACUUAAAGUUUGUCAGAGGGACAGCAGAGCUGCAGUCGAGACAAGUCUCUGUGUUUCUGUGUAAAGAAAUAUUAAACUGAGUUCUUCAGGUCUUUCUCAACAACUGACUCAAAUACUGUGUGUAGAUAUGUCUGCUGCCAGAAAUCUGCGAUCUGAAGAUCAGUUUCUGUGCUCCAUCUGUCUGGAUGUGUUCACUGAUCUUGUCACCAUACCAUGUGGACACAACUUCUGCAAAAACUGCAUCAGUAAACACUGGAAUACUAACGACCGGUACCUGUGUCCGAUGUGUAAAAAGGUUUUCUACACAAGACCUGAGCUGCACGUCAACACUUUGUUCUCUGAGAUGGCUGCUCAGUUCAGACAGUCAGCUCAACAGGAAGCCAGCAGCAGCAGCUCAGAGACACAAGUGUCCAAACCUGGAGAAGUUCCCUGUGACGUCUGCACUGGAACCAAACUGAAGGCUCUGAAGUCCUGCCUGGUGUGUCUGGCCUCCUACUGUGAGACUCACCUGGAGCCUCAUCUGACAGUGUUGGGCCUGAAAAGACAUCAGCUGAUCAAGCCUGUGGAGAACCUGGAAGGCAGGAUGUGUACGAAGCACGAUAAACCUCUGGAGCUGUUCUGUAAGACCGACCAGACAUGUGUCUGUGCACUCUGCACCUAUUCAGACCAUAAAACACAUAACUUUGUUCCUCUGAAAGAAGGAUAUGAAGGAAAGAAAGCCGAGCUGGGGAAGACAGAGGGUGAAAUUCAGCAGAUGAUCCAGAAGAGACGACUGAAGAUUCAGGAGACCAAGCGCUCGAUUAACCUCGGUAAGGUCGAUGCAGACGGAGAGAUCGCAGAAGGUGUUCAGGUCUUCACUGCUCUGAAGAAGUCUGUUGAGAGAGGCCAGGCCAAUUUCAUCCACACGAUCAAAGAGAAGCAGAAAACAACAGAGAAACAGGCCAAGGCUUUCAUCAAAGAGCUGGAACAGGAAAUCUCUGAGCUGAUGAAGAGAAGGACUGAGGUGGAGCAGCUCUCGCGCUCUGAAGACCACCUCCAUCUUCUCCAGAGUUUCCAGUCCCUAAACACCCACCACCAACCAUCCACCAAGGACUGGACAGAGGUCAGCAGCCCUCCACCAUCAUAUGAGGGGUCUGUGGUGAGAGCUGUGGCUCAGCUGGAGGAGACACUCCGUAAACAGAUGAAGAAGCUGCUUGAAGCAGAGCUGAAGAGGGUCCAGCAGUAUGCAGUGGAUGUGACUCUUGAUCCUGAUACAGCACAUCGCAGUCUCAUCCUGUCUAAGGAUGGGAAACAAGUAACUGAUAGUGAUGUGAUGAAGAAACUUCCAGACAACCCAGAGAGAUUUUCUAAUUGUACCUGUGUUUUAGGAAAGCAGAGUUUCUCUUCAGGCAGAUUUUACUUUGAGGUUCAGGUUAAAGGAAAGACUAAAUGGAAUUUAGGAGUGUGCGGAGAGUCGAUCAACAGGAAGGGACACAUCACACUGAGACCUGAGGAUGGUAACUGGACCAUACGUUUGACAAUUGGAAAGGAGUACAUAGCUCUUGAUGACCCUUCAGUCCGUCUCUCUCUGAAGUCUCAGCCUCAGAAGGUGGGGGUGUUUGUGGAUUAUGAGGAGGGUCUGGUCUCCUUUUAUGACGUAGAUGCUGCAGCUCUUAUCUACUCCUUUACUGGCUGCUCCUUCACUGAGAAACUCUUCCCAUACUUCUGUCCCAGUCUUAAUGAUGGUGGUAAAAACUCUGCACCUCUGAUCAUCUCUCCUGUCAAUCAAAUUAAGUAGACUGAUGGUAUUUAAAAGAAAAGAUCCACUGUCAUAUACAGGAAGAAAUUUACAUAUUCAGUGCCAAUGUACAAUGUAAACGUAUUGUCUUCAGAUUGUGAUUAUAUCAUUGUUAUUUGGUGUAUAUUAUUUCUAACAAAUUUUCCCACACAGCUGACUUAUUAACCCAUUUAUCUUUACAACACAGAUAACUUUAUUUAAACAAAUCUAGAGAUCCUAAAGUUUGCAAAGGCACCAAAUAUAUCAGGCUGAGUUUUGGGAAAAAACUAUGUAUAUGUUUCAACUGAUGCUUAAGGUAUCAAUAAUUCUUGAUUAACAGCCAGUGGUGGAAUGUAAGUACAUUUACUCAAGUACUGUACUUAAGUACAAAUGAGAGGUACUUGUACUUUACUUAGUAGAGUAUUUCCAUUUUAUACAACUUUAUACUUCUACUUCUACAUCUCAGUGCCAAAUAGUGAACUUUUUACUGCACCACAUUUGUCUGACAGCUUUAGUUACUUUACAAAUUACAGUUUUACAUCCCCUUCCUGUCCAGUGAAAACCAUGUAUGUCCAAAUAUUUGUGAUGAACUGAAAGAUGAAGUGUUUCCUUUAUGUGCUGAGAAAACUCUCCUCCUUCUGAAGCUGAAUAAACUCUUUAACCCCCCCUCGGAUCAGCUGGAAAAGGCAUCGUCACAGAGCUGAAAACAGGCUGUUUUUCUGAGCUCAUGAAGACUCUUUAGAGAUACGUGGUUCUCACAGGACAGCGACGCUACAAACAUGAUGUUUAGGAUAUUUAGCUGAUAUAACCGGGGUCACUGUUUAAAGAUGACUGGAGAAGUUUGUGCCCACCAGCUUCACCCUUUAGUAUCAAGUUAUCAAAACAGAAAUUCACUUUCCGUUGUAAUUUAAUACGUAAACUCAUUUGUCAUCAAAUUUAUUAAAAAUCUUCAGUUCAAAUACAA